CUCAAACUCUCACAUCCUCCAUGAUUUAGAGUGAGCUCUGGCCACAACCGUUGACAUUCACCAACUCUAUCUCUAUCCGCUGUCAGACUCCGACGCAUUUCCUCUCACCUCAAGAGCCCUCCCCAGCCACAGUUCUCAGGUCACCAUGUCUAGGAAGGUGGUCAGGAGCAGUAAGUUCCGUCAUGUCUUUGGCCAGGCGGUGAAGGCAGACCAGUGCUAUGAUGACAUCAGGAUCUCCCAGAUGACUUGGGACAGCAACUUCUGCUCCGUUAACCCCAAGUUCGUGGCCAUGAUUGUGGAUGCCAGCGGUGGAGGAGCCUUCAUUGUCCUGCCUCUGAACAAGACGGGUCGCAUUGACAUGUCCCUUCCCACUGUCUGUGGUCACACUGGUCCUGUGUUGGACAUUGAAUUUUGCCCACAUAAUGACAACGUCAUUGCCAGUGGUUCUGAAGACUGCAGUGUUAUGAUCUGGGAGAUUCCAGACGGGGGUCUGGUAACGCCACUGAAGGACCCAGUUGUGAAGCUGGAUGGACACUCGAAACGUGUAGGCAUCCUCAGCUGGCACCCAACUGCCCAUAAUGUGCUAAUGAGUGCAGGCUGUGAUAAUGUGGUCAUCUUGUGGAACGUGGCUCGCGGAGAGUCGGUGGUUCGCAUUGACUCAGUGCACACUGAUCUGAUCUACAGCGCCUGCUGGAACAGAAAUGGCUCUCAGAUCCUCACUGCCUGCAAGGACAAGAAACUACGCAUUUUAGACCCCCGCAAGGGCUCCGUCAUCUAUGAGAAGGACAAGACUCAUGAAGGCUCCAGGCCAGUCAGAGCUGUGUAUGUGUCGGACGGGAAGAUCCUUACCACUGGCUUUAGCCGCAUGUGUGAGCGGCAGGUGGCACUGUGGGAUCCUCAGAACAACUUUGAGGAGCCUUUGACUCUACAGGAGUUGGACACAAGCAGUGGAGUGCUGUUGCCUUUCUUUGACCCAGACACUGGCAUUGUCUACCUUUGUGGCAAGGGUGACAGCAGCAUCCGAUACUUUGAGGUGACAGACGAGGCCCCAUACGUUCACUAUCUCUCUAUGUAUAGCAGUAAAGAGAGUCAGAAGGGCAUGGGGAACAUGCCUAAGAGAGGCCUGGAGGUCAACAAGUGUGAGAUUGCAAGGUUCUAUAAACUCCAUGAGAGGAAGUGUGAACCCAUUGUGAUGACUGUGCCUCGUAAGUCUGACUUGUUUCAAGAGGACCUCUAUCCUGACACGAUUGGUCCAGAGCCAUCAGUGGAGGCAGAUGAUUGGUUUGCUGGUAAAGAUGGGGAACCAAUCUUGAUCUCCUUGAAAGAUGGGUUUGUGGCUACCACCAAAAAUAAAGAGUUAAAAGUCAUCAAAAGCUUGUUGUCCACAUCCUCCUCAAGCAACCGACAGUCUGACAGUGCGGAUGUGCAGGCCUUGCAGAAUGAUGUUAAGGAACUGAGAGAGAUGGUCGAGCAAUUGACCAAGCGAGUAAGCGAUCUGGAGAGCAAUUAGAUUAAGAGAGAGAGGAAUGGAAUGAGAGAAGACAUGUACAAAUGGACAUGUAGAAGAUGUGUGAAUAAUUAAAUAAUGAAAAAGCUGCAUAGUAGAAUGAAGAUAUGUAGAAUUCUGUUAAAGCUUUUGGGGAUACCAGGCCUUUGCAGACCAAAUUUGGCUCUUCAAGUAUUUCACAUUUUUUUAAUGUGAUCAGAUUUGCUUGAAACCAAUUUUAAUAUAUGUUUUAUAGAAUUUGGAAUAAAUGUCAGUGUUAUUUUAACAUGGCUUUAUUGUGU